AUGGCGAGAACAAUGACAAUGACCAAAGCUCGCCCCGCUCAAAAGAAUGCUAUUUCGCUCCCGGUAUUGACCUACUCCGAUUCACUUCCUCGGGAUGACCUUCGUGAUAUCACGGGCGGACUUGCACAUGAAUUGAAUCAGAACCCCAAGGAAUCAGGGUCGUCACGACCUAAAUCAGAUGGUCGGUCAUCCAAGAAACCACCCCCUGGUGGUCAUGCUACCUUCGACUUCCAACUCACUGCACCACCGGAAGAGGUUAUCCCUUCAAGCGCUCGAUCAGGCCGGAGUCCAAUUGGAUCGCAUUCGAUAGGUGUUGCUUUGGGUAGUCCAGGAAUGAUCGAUCUUGACAAGCCGUUACCUCCACCAAGAUUCAACGUACCGAAUUUUACGCAAGAGUCGCCCCAGCUGAAUAAAUCGAGCAAGUGGAAGAAGAUCGGUGGUCUAUUUCGAGCGAAGAACGCAUUAACAUCGCCUACCAAUGCUACCCGGACAACGCAGAAGGAUCAGUUGAAGGAUGGAUCAAAUGGCAAUCACCAGAUGGGGCAAAAAGAGGAUGUGACCGAGGAGUGGCCUAAGAUUGAAUCCGACCCUAAAGCUGUGAAUGCUAGCAACACGAGCCCGAAACGGACCAGGAAGUUCUCUUUCUCGGGUAAGAAGAACCCAAGAGAAAAGAACGGAGAUGGCAGUCCUAUGUUGGACGUGGAAAUACCUGAUGUGCAAAUGGAACGCUACAGUGUCAUGUUCAGCAAUGUCAUGACCAAGAACCACAAGCCCUCACUGCUGGCCAGGAGGAGCAAGACUCUUGAUAAUCUUCACGUUCCCAGUGCUCAUGACUUCCUGUCUGCAAAACUGCCACCCGUCCCUAAACGGCGAGCGACAUCUCCGGCACGAACCAGUUUCACUCUUUUUCCAACUCCUCAACCCACCAAAGUUCUCGGUGUCCAGAACUUCUCUCGUGGGCCAAGCGCCUUAAUCAGGUCUAAUACUCUUCCCGUGGAAAGCCCAUCCAAGCCCUCGAUGGAGCACCCGCGGCCGUUCCAUAAUAAUAAUAGUCUUUCUUCAUUCGAAUCACCAAUCAUUGCAAAUCUAUUUUCCGAGCGUGCCAAUACCCCACAAUCAUCCAGUCCUUUAACUCGCAAGGAUGAGAAGCCUCUUCCCGCUAUCAAACCCGAACCAGUCACUCACUCAGGUUCGCGAACAUCAUCACCACAAGUGCCACCAAAACCAAGGCAAUCCCAACCCAAACCAGAGAAGAAUAUUCCAACACCAAAGCCAAAGCCCGUGGAGCAAAAGAACAGACCUACUCAGCAGAGGGAGAAUAAACCUUGCCAAAUCGCUGAGCAAUCUCGACCAAGCCGUCCCACUCUGACCGUGAAGACCAAGCUCGAGGCACUACCCGCACCACCGCCAGCACCCCCAGCGAAGGACAAGUCCUUGUCUCAACCCGCAUCGCCCGCAGUCCCAGCCAAGGAUCUGCCCAAGGAGCUUGUUCCCCGUAUCAGUUCUGCAGCGAUAGUCGCCUCACCUCUGAGCAUGACAUCUACACCUUUGAAAAAGCUUGCUAGUCCAGUUAUCACCGAGCGCGAGAUCAAGAUUCCACGACCUAGGAUUAACAAGAAACUUCCGAAGAUUGAGGUAUCGACUGCGAGGUCUAUCUCCGUGUCAAAGGGGAAAAAACAGGUUCUUGUUCCUAUUUCUGCGCGAGUAGAGCAAAAUCCCAACGAGCGAUUCGUGGAUCGACGAGCUAUGACACCGACUAUUACCGAUGCACAUGGCCAUCGACACGUCGCUUCACAGGAGUUGCAAAUUGAAAGUAUGUGA